GGGAGAGGGGGGGGGGUUUCCACAGGAGACGCCACGUUCCGAGUAGGCUCCGCCCCCUGAGCAGCUGACGCUGCCUGGCUUGUGUUGUGACAGGGAGGCGGCCGCGGAUGAGACGUCGGAGGAGACAGGAGAGCUGAUGUGAAUUGAGAUGGAAGGCUUAGGGGAAAAGAAGCCCUGGGGCAAGCUGAGCCGAUUGCUCGGAGCGGAGACAGAGGCAGCUUCUGAGCUUUUCCUGUGCAAGAAGGAAUGGACAAUUGGAAGAAAGAAAGGCUGUGACCUGGCAUUCCCUGGAAACAAGUUGGUGUCUGGAGAACACUGUAAAAUCACAGUGGAUGAGAAGUCUGGCCUUGUUUCAUUAGAGGACACUAGCACAAAUGGCACUGUGAUCAACCAGCAGAAGGUGGUAAAGAAACAGACAUAUCCCUUAAAGAAUGGUGAUAUUAUCUACCUUGUUUAUAAGAAAAAUGAGCCAGAACAAAAUGUUGCAUAUCUGUACAAGUCCUUGAGUUCAGCACAAGACAAUAUACAAGAACCAGAAGAUACCUCAGGGAUCGGCGAGGAGACGCAGGUUUUGUCUCCACUUCAAGAUUCUUCCUUUACCUCUGAGGAACCUCAGCCUUCCACUUCCACGUCCAGCCUCUUUAACACACGCACUACCUCUGCUAAAGAGCCAGAUUCUUCCUUGAAAGUUGGGUCAUCCAUUGAUGACAAUGCCUGUGCUGUGACAAGAAUGAAGAGUCAACCUGAGCAGCAAUCCAGUUCAGGACUUGAUGGGCAGAACAUACACACAGCAAGGGCCUCUUCUCCUGCGAGAGAUACAGAGCAAGAUGGUCAGCCUCCUCCUAAAAAGAAGCUGAAAUCUGAAAUGGAAUGUGCAAGCAGUCAUGCCCCUCCCCUGUCUAGUAAUGUAAAAGGCACAUCAGAGGAUGCUAAACCAUCUAGCAUGAAACCAGACAAGAUGGAAGAGACCCUGACCUGCAUCAUUUGUCAAGAGCUGCUACAUGACUGUGUCAGUUUGCAGCCAUGUAUGCACACAUUCUGUGCUGCUUGCUAUUCUGGCUGGAUGGAACGCUCCUCCCUCUGUCCUACCUGCCGAUGUCCUGUGGAACGUAUUUGUAAAAACCACAUCCUCAACAACCUGGUGGAAGCCUACCUACUUCAGCAUCCAGAAAAGUGCCGCAGUGAGGAAGAUAGACGCAGCAUGGAUGCCCGCAAUAAGAUCACUCAAGACAUGUUGCAGCCCAAAGUGCGCCGAUCAUUCUCUGAUGAAGAGGGAAGUUCUGAAGACCUACUUGAGCUAUCGGAUGUCGACAGCGAAUCCUCAGACAUCAGCCAGCCCUACACGGUCUGCCGCCAAUGCCCAGGAUAUGGUAGACCUAAUGUGCAGCCCCCACCUUAUCCUCCACCUCUUGAGACUGAUGCAUCGCGGUCUGCAGGGGAUGCUCCAUCUACCUCUGCUACUCUUCCUGCAGUGACACAGGAAUAUGUAUGCUCUUCACAAGGAAGUCAUGUGAUCUGUACAUGCUGUUUCCAGCCAAUGCCAGAUCGGAGGAGUGAGCGGGAACAGAGCCCUCAUGUGCCUCCUCAGCAAUGUACUGUAUGUUUGCAGUCUUUCUGUCACAUGUACUGGGGAUGUACCAGAAUUGGCUGCUUUGGUUGUCUGGCUCCAUUUUGUGAGUUAAAUCUUGGAGAAAAAUGUUUAGACUCUGUUUUAAACAACAACAAUUAUGAAUCUGAUAUUCUAAAAAAUUACCUGGCAUCCAGGGGUUUAACGUGGAAAGACUUGUUACAUGAAAGUCUAAGUGCAGUUCAGAGAGGAGUAUUCAUGCUUCCUGAUUACCGGAUUAAUGGAUCUACUGUUCUCUGCUACUUCUGUGGACUACGUAACUUUAGAGAUUUAACCUACCAGUACAGGCAAAACAUACCACCCGCUGAGCUUCCAGUGGCAGUAACAUCACGUCCAAAUUGCUACUGGGGACGAAACUGCAGAACUCAGGUGAAAGCACACCAUGCCAUGAAAUUCAAUCACAUUUGUGAACAAACUAGAUUCAAGAACUGACUUGGCGAUGAAUUUGAUACUGGGACGGCUAAAGCUACCUUGACUUCAUGCUGUGUGCCCCUCCAAAGCAAUGAGAACCUCACCUGUCCAGCAGUUUGUGACCUGACGGUGUAAUUUGCAGCUCUCUGUUCUUGGUGUUACAUGGCUGGGCUGCUUACACUUUUUAUCGUUUUUUUGUUUUUUUUUGAUAAAUGCUUGUAGCACAAGAGUGGAGUCACCUUAAUAGAUGCUGAGUUAUGAUGGUUUGGAGGCAGUGAAACUGCUAUCUUUAUGCAAUGCAAGAUGCCUUUCUUCCAGUUAAAUGCAUAUACAUAAUGGUUUAACAGCUUUUUGUUGUGCAUUGCUAUUUGUUGAACAAUAUACUGUUGUACAUGCUUUGGCUGUUUGU